GAGUUGGAACUGCAAGGGCUGACUGCCGACCUGGUCUCCGUCAACUCCUGCAUCAGCGUGUGCGCUCGGGCCAGUCAGUGGCAGAGGGGCCUGGACUUGCUGAGGGAGGCCGCGGAGCACCUUGAACCCAGCGUCAUCACCUACAGCGCGUGCAUCAGUGCCUGCGAGCGAGGAGGCGAAUGGCAACACUCACUGUGCCUUCUCGCUGAGCUCCUGGCCAAAGGCCUCGAAGCCGAUGUGAUCCUCUUUGGAGCUGCGAUCAACGCAUGCCAACGGGGUCGCCAAUGGCCGCAUGCAAUUGCAUUGCUGUCUCUUCUUCAAGACCACAGCAUCGAGAGCAACACUGUCAUCUACAACUCGGCCAUCAGUGCUUGUGAAAAGGCCUGCGAGUGGCAGGCGGCGGCGUGCCUUCUGGAUGGCUUGUUCCAAGCUGGUCUUCAAGCGGACGUGAUUACCUACAGUGCUACUAUGACGGCUUUUGGCCAGGGCGAGCGCUGGCAAAGUGCCCUGAUGCUGCUGCAUGCUGUCCGAGAUGAAGACAUGCAGCCGGAUCUGGUCAUGUACAACACGGCCAUCAGUGCUUGUGCAAGAGGAGGCUGUUGGCUGGAAGCCAUGGUGCUGCUUGACCUGCUUCCGCAAGUACAUCUGCGCCCCGAGGUCAUCACCUACAACGCCGUGGCCAGCGCCUGCGCCUCUGCUGGGCGCUGGGAGGCCGCCCUGUCAAUCCUGGAGGCACUGAGAGGCAAAGACCUAGCCACGGCUGCUUCGUACGGUGCCGCCAUCAGUGCUUGUGCCACAGAAAAGGCCGGCAGGUGGCAGCAGGCGCUGCUCGUGCUUCAGAUGCUCAGGGAAGAUAGCCAGAGGAGUGAGGUGUUAUCGGCAGAUGCUGUGGCCUUCGGGGCGGCCAUCAGCACAUGCGGAAACUGUGGUCAGUGGGAGUAUGCUCUCCACAUCUUCUCUGAGAUGCAGGGGCACAUAGAUCUUGAUGUGGUGGCCUGCAAUGCCGUCAUUAGUGCAUGCGAGAAGUGUGAGAAGUGGCAGCAGGCCUGCUUUCUGCUAGCAGAGAUGGGUGGGUUUGGCAUUCGCCCGAAUGCUGUUACCUUCAAUGCUGCAGUCAGCGCAUGCGGGGCAGCUGGCGAAUGGGAAUAUUCACUGAGCCUGUUCCAGAAGAUGCAGCUAUCAGGCCUUCACCCGGAUACGAUCUCGCACAACGCCGUCAUCACGGCCUUCGAAGCUGGCUGUCAAUGGCAGAUGGCCUGGCAGCUGCUAUGGGAGAGAGAGCAGGGCGGCAGUUGCGAUGUGGUGGGGUACUCCUCGGCCAUCAGCGCCUGUUACCGAGCCCGGAGCUGGCAACGGGCCUUGCUGCUCUUCCAGCGCCUGGAGGAGCGGCAGCUCGAGGCCAAUGCAGUGGCCCUCGGCGCGAGCGUGGCGGCCUGCGAGGCAGGGAACCUGGGCCAGGAGGCAGCUCGGCUGCUGGCGAAUCUGCAGAUGGCUGCAGCACCAAAAAGACAA